CGUCCAGCGCAUAUGAUUGGUGAAUCUGCGGUUAAACUUUCCUCCUCAGAGCGAGAACUGUCCCGUCCCGUCAUUCCGCAUCAAUGUGACCCGAGCCCGCUGGAUUCCCCGUCAGGAAGAUGAGUUCGGGUCCAGCUCUAGAGCCCGCGCAACUUCUGAACUGGGUUUAUCUGUCGCUGCAGGAGUCGCGGAGCAAUGCCGCUUCUGACGCGCUCCCGGCAUCUGACGGGCACUACAGCCGCGGACCCGCGCCGGAGGAUGUGAACGCGCAUUUCAGCAGCGACAUCAUCAGCAGCUUCAUUUACGAGCGCAGAGAGACUCUGUGCAGCAGCGUAUAUCAGGGCUCGUCUCCCUACGGCUCUCUGAACGACAUCGUGGAGGGUCUGAGCUUACUGACGGACAGCUUCUCUGAGCUCUCGCUCGCCUCUGAACCCAGAAAACUGUACAAGAAGCCUCCAGCCAACUACCUGUGCCACCUGUGCUUCAACAAGGGCCACUACAUCAAAGACUGUCCGCAGGCUCGUCCUAAAGGAGAGGGUCUGACGCCGUAUCAGGGGAAGAAGAGGUGUUUCGGAGAGUACAAGUGUCCCAAAUGCAAGAGGAAGUGGAUGAGUGGAAACUCGUGGGCUAACAUGGGUCAGGAGUGCAUCAAAUGCCACAUCAACGUCUAUCCUCACAAACAGCGUCCUCUGGAGAAACCUGACGGCCUGGACGUGUCGGACCAGAGCAAAGAACAUCCUCAGCAUCUCUGCGAGAAGUGUAAGGUGCUCGGAUACUACUGCCGUCGAGUUCAGUGACCUCUGACCCCCGCACCCUCAUUCACCUCAUAACUGGUGCUGAAAUCUGAUUUAGCUGGACAAUAUUCACUGAUUCCUAUAUAUGUAGCUGUUAGUUGAUAUCAGGUUAGUUGCUGUGAUUGACAUGUGAAGUUUUCCUCUGGAGCUUUUAAUAAAACACAUUUCAGGGCAAUAAUUCACAGCAUCGAAUGGAUCUGAACUGAUGGAAACUCUUCAAAACUCAUUUAAUUUUGAUGCUUUUUAAAAACCAAUACUGAAUAUUAAACGAUGAUGAAGGUGACGUCAGUCAUCGAGUGACAGACGGACUCGAAGAAACAGCACUAAACAUCACAGAAUCAGCUCAUUAUAUACUUACUGAUGUUUGCGCUGCUGCUGAGCUCCCUCCAAAAUGAUGUCACUUCCUGUUGGGUGAUGUCAUCGAGGAACUGGAUUUUGUUAAAGUGAUUUUAUAUAUAUAAAACAGGAUGGAAAGUGAUAUUGAGGACAGGAAAACCUAUGAAAUGAUUAUUAAUUAAAACAAUAUUGUUGUGAAUAAGCGUUUCGAUUAGAAAAAUAAUGAAGAAACACCUGGAAUUUUUUUUGUUUUUUAUUGUUUGGGUUUUUUGAUAAUCAAUUGGGAUGUUGUGAUCAAUGAAAACUCCUCAUAAGAUUUGCAUUUUUUAAUUUUGGCUAAUAUUGUUCCUGUAUUAUGAUAAGAACAGGAUGGUCUUUCUCUUGUUCAGUGCUUUAAUAUCUAUGAAAUCUCAUUUUGAUGCUGGUUCUGUUUGAUAAUGUUGUUUUUGUUGAAUUUUUCAUCUUUAAUGAACUUUUGAUAGCUUAUUUUUUACACUUCACAAGUCGCUGAAGAACAUAUCGUGAUUUUAUGAAGCUUCGCUCAAGUGCCUGUUUAUGUGUAAAAUAUGAAUAAUAGUGACCGCAUGAGAUCAGAACAUUAACAGUAUUAAUAGGUCUGAAUGAAGUCUGUGCAUGUUUUCUU